AUCCAAAGUUAAAAAAAGUCUUCGUUAUCCGAAUUGAGUUAUUUUUGAAACAUUUUCCCCUAAAAAAAAACCAGUUGAAUCCCAUACUGAAGUGGCAGGAAACCCAGAAGGAGCAAGUCCAGACCUCCGUCUCUUCUUCAGAUCUCUCAACAGCCGGGUCAGGCCUAAGGUGAAAAGCAUGGCGUUGCGGCAGUUGUGUGGAUUUUCUGAUGGGGAGGUCAUGAGAUCAGAUUGUAAGCCAUGUUCCCGACUGAUGCGACAUACGGCUGGGAUAUUCUCGUUCGGAGGAGCUUUAGGCUUUUGGGUUCUGUGUCGUUUGCACUACGGCCCGAGGAUUAACGUUCCUCGAAGUCUUAGAUGGGCAGCUUGUGGGGCGGUCUCUAUGAGUUCUACGACUGCAUUUCUGGUUCGCCUCUUUAGCCCGGAAUGUGAACCCCAAAACAUAUCUGCCUAUGACAAAAAAGGAUAGUGUUGUUGCCUACUGUGGGUAUGUUUGCUGUUAACUAUCACUGCCUUGUUUGUUUCAGGAGCUUAAUUUUUAUUUUUUGUUUCCUUUGGAAUGAUUUGAGUUCCUAGACAGUUUUAAUAAUGUCAUCUUAUAAAGAUAUCAUCAUUUCCAUCCUACCACAUCAGAUCAUAUUUUCAACUCACAAGUUUGAAUGUUUCAUUGAUAAGAAUCAUUUUAACUUUGCAUUUUCUACCAUUUUUCUUUCUCGAAUCCCGCACACUCAAAAAGAGUGGCUACGGAGGACACUGUCCCAAUUUGGGACACUUACGAUGCUCCGUUCGUAAAAUUGAUGGUUCUUAUCCUCCUCACCUCUCCCCCUCUCAAGCUCGACCCCAACCCAACCCCCAACCACGUCAAUUGCACUUUGCAAGUUUAGUUGACUUUAGGGUCAACUAAACUUACGUGAUGCAAUUGACACGAUUGGAGAAAUAGGUUGGGGUUGGGAUUGGGUAGUGCUUGUGAACAUGCAACUGGUUACACAGAUGAAUGACUAGAAACUUCAAUUAUACUGCGGAGUCUAAUAAAACUUGGUAAGAAUUAAAAAAUGACUCGAUGUGUUUUUAAUUUAAACUCGAUACGAAUUAAAAAGUAAAGAUCAUA